AUGACAAUAAUUAUCAAUAUACUACAAUCAAAACUGAAUAUUAGAAUUAAAGAGGAAAACAAAGUAGAAAUAUCCUUUCCUUUAAAAGAUACAAAAGAUCUGAAAAAUAAUACUAAUAAUAAUACUAAUAAUAUUAAUAACAGUACCUCAGCAUUUAAACCAAUAGAACUUUUACAAUCAUCAAUUCAACAAGUAGAAAGAAUUGAUAAUCAAAAUAUUUCAAAUAUGCCGAUCAUAAACAAUAAUAGAAACACCAAUAUUCACAAUAUAAAUAUUUAUAAUAAUUCAUCACAAACCACAUACUUAGCACAACAACAUCAACAUCAACAACAAACAACUCAACAAAUUUCACAAACCAUACAAAAUAUACAUAAUUUUCAAAACAAUCAUUCAUUCUACACAACUUUUCCACCCGAACCCUUUACUCAAAAUGAUUUAUCUACAAACAAUAUGAUAAACAUUUCAUCCAACCCCAUCCAGCAACUACCGCAACCAGACAUGCCACCCUAUGUUUAUUACAAUAUCCAAAACAAACAAACCAACACUCUCAACAAGCCCCAAUACCAAUAUUCACAACCAGUACCAAUACAGAAUCAAUACAUAGAGUAUUUAACACAUGCACAAUCAUAUCCUAUAUUUAAUAUGAACCAACCACUAGAUUACAUUCAAAAACCAACUUUAGAAAAUAUAAACAAUGCAUAUUCUGGCGAUAUAGAAAUUCCAGAAAAACCUACAACCACCAUUCACACCACCAACGACACUUUUCAACAUAUGUUUCAAAACAAAGUAGACAACAAUGUUUUGAAUACAAACUAUCUAAAUCAAUUCACUCAACAGGUUGAGUUGAAAUUAGACCAAUCAGAACACAAUGACUUUGACUCUACUUCUACCUCCAGCUCGAUCACUUUAGUGGAAACACCAACUCCGAUAAAGCCAAAGAAGGGAAGAUGGAGACCGUCUUCAUCCGAAAAAGAAACUCUAGAGAAGGUUUGGGCAAUAAAUCAGUACCCCGAUAGAUCUGAGAAGCUGAAACUUGCAAAAUCUAUGCCAUCGAUUAGUGUCGACCAAAUCUCUAGAUGGUUCAAGCACAAGAGAGAGAACCUUGCAUCCAAAGGAGAGUUCACCUACAAACAAUCGGCUUCGAAAAAGUUUCUUCAAGAACAAGUUGCUUUUCUUGAAUCAGUUUUCAAGAGCCAGUCCUACCCGACCAAAGAUCAAGUCAAGUCCAUCGCUAAAGACAUCGAUGUUCCGCCUAUCAAAGUGAAGAAUUGGUUCAAAUCGAAACGAAGUAGACUUCACAACAAAGGUAAAUUCGAGUUCAAACCCAAGACAUCGAUUUAUAACAAUAAUAUUAUAUAUAAAAAUAGCGGCUCAACCGAUUCACAGUUACAAUCGGUAAUUCCACCACCAACCAAUCACACAGUAUUUCCCAAUCUUUCAUUCAAACUUCAUCCAUCCUCAACAACAACAACCACCACAACAACAACAACAACUACCAAUAACAACAACUUUAUAACAUUCCCGAGCAGUAUCAAUUCAAGCCAUCAAACCAAUACCAAUAUCAAACCAUUUGUAGAAUUACCAACAUCCUAUCCCGAUUGUACCAAUAUUCCUCAGCCAAUGGUUUCCCUAGGAAACGCAAAUACCUUUCUUUUAGCCAACCAAACGACACUAGCUGACUUUGGAGACUACGCUCUUGGUGGCUAUGGGAGCGAUGAGAGGAUCGAAUCGAGAUCAGGAAGCGACUACGAUUCUAGCUCCCCAUCUUGA